GUAGUUGUUAGAUUAUCUUAAUAAAAUUCUAGUAGAAUGGACGCUAUCUUUUCGAUAUUGACGUUUCUCAGGCAUUGGCGAAACUUAUCGGUUGGUACUGAGCCUACGUUCUUCUUGGCUAUCAUCACCGCUACUCUGUGUGUCUUACAUCGAUUGUUUGGACGUCAUCGUGCUAGAAGGGUGGAAAUCAGAGAAGUACCCCGUACUCAAGAAGUCCCUAAAGAUACAAAAGAACCAGAACCAAAGGAUGAAGAAUUGGAGAUGUAUAAAGAACCUGAAGUUUCUGAGAUACCUGUUAAAAAAGUCAGGCAACCAUCAAACAGUAAUGUUCAAAUGCCGAGGGAUAACAGUAGAUAUAACGAAUUUUUAACUUUAUCUCCAAGCUGUCUUAUUAGAAACAAAAUGAAAAGUAGACUUCCAGAAUGGAGAUAUAAUCGUUGCUACCAAUGCUCUAGACCCAUGCAGGAAUUAGAAAGUUCCAUGCAUCUCAGAAAUAGUAGCCAUGAUUAUAUUCCAUUAGAACCAACUGCAAAUAAUCACAAUUUUCCACCAAUAACUAAUGCAGAUAAUUUCCAAAUUGGUAAUAGUCAAAUAGAUUUAGAUUACUUAAAGAUAAAUAUAAACGACGAGAAUAACAGAAGUCCAAGCACACAUUCGGAUUCAAUAUCUAACGACAUUCCAUCGAUAAGGCCAAGCACUAGGUUUAGUGAACUAUUAGCGCAACUUCCUCGUACUGCUAUAAACAUUGAAGAAAGUAGUGGUGAUCAACCUAGCCAGCGUAAUGUCCAAAACGAUGAACUGCUGGAUAUUGCCCCAUACGAAGACAAUAACAACGACCACGUGGGAAGUGAAACUGUACUUAAGAAAAGAUCUCUAGAAUCUUCGUCUGAUGUAACAAAAGAUAAAGCCCAGAAGCAAAGCUCUUGUACCCCAUCGUCAAACACACAAAUCGGCGCCAACACAUGUUCUGUAAAUUCAACUACUAGUACAACUACAAAAAAUAAAAAGGAAAAGGAAAGUGAGAGCUGUGAUAGCUGCACACGAUGUCAAAAUAUAAUUCAGGAAAGCAGCAGUAUUCAAAUAAGGGGUCGAGACCGUGAUCACUACAAUCUGGAAAAUCGAAUUAAUGAACAACCGGCACCAGGUUUAAGCCAUCAAAGUCAGGCAAGUUGUUCGCACACGUUGUACGAAAGGGAUUCUCCAAUAUAUAGCACAUCAAGAGCGCACUCUACGUCAACGUUAACGAAUCUCCCUACUGCAGGACAAAGUGGUGCCAUUCGACGUAAUAAACUAAUCACAUCGUCUCCUAGUGCCCUUAUCAGGAGCAGAAAGAGAAGCAGGCUGCAGGGGAGUCAACUCUUGCCACCUUUGGAAGAGACGGAAGAUUCUAAGCAUCCUAAUGAUCGCUCCAGUUGUUCUGACACAAUUGCAGAAACUCCUAAAGGACAGAAUGGAAAUCUGGACAUGUUGUAUCUACGGGAAAAACCCGUUAAGGUUUCUCCAAGCAAGUGCCUUUCUGUUGAACAGCAGAGUGGCAGCUCUAAAUAUAAUUAUUCGAUGCCUUCAACAUCAAGUGGUGUUAUGAACAAUAGAAGGGAGGAAACUUUGAUUUCAUGUAGAAAUUCUGGUCAAGCAGUAAGAGAGAGUAGACCAUCAAAUGAAAAUAAUAAUAGCAAAAAAGAAGAAGAUUUGAUGAAUCUUAAGUAUUGUGAUCAUGAAGCAUUAACGUCAAAGAGGAGUAGCCAUCACUGUAAAUUGAGUAAUCAGUCUAAGGAGCAGAAUACAUCAUGUGACUUAACUAAAAUUGAUACCAAUACAGAAUUUUCUCUGUUGGAACAUUCUGCCUCAACAUCAAGUAGUUUUACGUUGUCCAAAAAAAACCGCAGUGAUACUAAUGAAUUAACAACAUCAACUGCGACCAGCCUUAUAAAACCGGAAAAGCAAAAGAAAUUGCAAGCUGGGAAGUUUAAUUAUCACAGACCGCCGUCCAAAGAAGAAAAACCGACUUCCAAAAGAAUAUGUAAUCAGCCCUUGGAACCGAAUAUCACAAAUCAAAAUACUAAACCAACGAAAGAUUCCAACCAAAGACGAUUAAGUAAUUGUAAAAUGAACGCAGGUGAUUCGUCUGUUAAACAAGCACGCGACAAAUCAGAGAAAAAGCGUUCGCAUCAGUAGGCAAAGUAACGAUCACCACAUUAACUGCUACUUUAGUUUACAGCAGUAAUUUAAAUUUUAAAUGUCUUUAAUUCUGAACAGAAUUAAAUCAUAAUAUUAACAUUAACCACCUCCUUAAAUAAUAAUGUUUUCAUCUUUAUUAAAAAAUUCCUGUCCAACAUUUUCACAACUAAUAAAUAAGCAAGCGAACCAUGAAUAUUAUGUAGCCCGAAGUAUAAACCUCAUACGUUUGUGCUUGGAGCCAGAACACGGACGAGAGUUUGUUAUAUACGACCGGCGUUUUACAACGAUAUGUUGACAUAUUCGGAAAGCCAGGAAGGACAUUUUAGUAUUGCUGCUUCAGCAACUUUCAACCUAAGUGCCUGUACAAAUAACUUAAGAGAAGACUUCGGAACAAUGAUGAGGGUCCAUUUGGGUAGUAAAACUUUUUUUAAAGGACUGGACUAUAUAAAAAAUUUAAUUGAAUUUUCCAUAAGUAGGCAUGGUCUACAUAAAAUAUUUGUAUUUGUAACAAUGUACCAAAAUUGUAAACGUGAAUGUUAACUUAAUGUUUGUUAUAAGCAGUCUAAAUUUAAGUGUAACGUAUGUUUUAAUAGAUUCAAUGUAACGUAUUAAUUCAAUAAAUAAGAUCUUUUAUUGAA